CGGAAGUGUGACCCCUGCGGCGGAAGCGGGCGCGGAAGCAGCGCUGCCGGGAGCGAGAUGGGGUGCGAUGGCGGCACCAUCCCCAAGCGACACGAGCUGGUCAAGGGGCCCCGCAAAAUCGAGAAGGUUGACAAAAGUGCUGAGUUGGUGGCAAGAUGGUACUACUGUGCUCUGAGUCAAGAGAAGUUAUGUCGGCCAAUUGUAGCCUGUGAGCUAGGCAGGUUGUAUAACAAAGAUGCCAUCAUUGAAUUUUUGUUGGACAAAUCAUCUGAUAAAACUCCUAUGGAAGCUGCAUCACAUAUCAAGAGCAUUAAGAAUGUAACAGAACUAAACCUUGCAGAUAAUCCAGCUUGGAGUGGUGAUAAAGAGAGUAUAAAAGGGGACAAAUAUGAUGACCUUCAGUCUGCACGCUUUAUAUGCCCUGUGGUGGGAUUGGAAAUGAAUGGAAGACAUAGGUUUUGCUUCUUGAGAAACUGUGGCUGUGUGUUCUCUGAACGUGCUCUCAAGGAAAUUAAAUCAGAAGUUUGUCACAAGUGUGGUGUUCCCUUUCAAGAGGAAGAUGUGAUUAUCCUUAAUGGUAAUAAAGAAGAUGUGGAAGUAUUGAAGAAGAGGAUGGAGGAUAGAAGACUUAAAAGUAAAUUGGAAAAGAAAUCAAAGAAAUGUAAGCCAGCAGAAUCAGCUUCUCAGCAAGAUACCACUGAAGAUUCUCCAGGUCCAUCAAAUGCUAAGAAUGGAAAGGAUUGUAUCGAUUCCAGUUCGGGGGAAAAGAGGCAGAUUAUAUUCACCAAAAGUUCAGAUAAUGGAAAUUCAUCUGUACCAGGAAAAGUCAAAAAGGCUGCUUCUACUACUACGAAGAGAUCCAUUGCAGACAGCGAGGAGAAAUCUGAGGCAUACAAAUCUAUUUUUACAUCACACAGCUCAGCAAAACGUUCAAAGGAAGAGUGUUCCAAUUGGAUUACUCACACGGCAUACUAUUUCUGAAACGAUGAGCCUGAUUGUAACAUUCAUUACUGCUUUCCUUCCCUGAGGCUUUUUCUGUACAACUCUUGAUAUAGAACUUUUGUUGUAAUCUGAUGUUAUCUGAAAUUACUCAGUUUGUAAGUUGCUUAUAAACUUAUGAAUAACUAAUGAACUUGUGUUAGUUGCAGCUUCUGCUAAAUAGGAAAUAGAUCACCAGAAUCCACGUUGUAUCAGCAGACCUCAUUCUGAAAUGAUUGGUUAUUUGCACAAAAAAUUGUCUUCUCCCAGCGGGAUGCUGUCAGUCACACUAGCUAGUGUCCUCAAUAGUGGGAGUGAGGGUAGAAGGGUCUGCCUGCUCUCCCCUUGUAUUGAUACUUGCCACAACUGUAAUGAUAGGGUUUUAUGUAUUAGUACAGAAAUUCAAACUUUUGGAAACUUUUUGACAGUAAAAAGAGCAAUAAUGCUUUUGUUUUGUACUAGCUAACUGGGCCCUCAGUAGAACUAUGUUUCUUUAAAGGUUCUGUAGGUAUUUUCAAGUAAUUUACCUCGAUGGAAUAUUUGAAAGCAUAAUCACAAAAAUGUUUGUACAACAUUCUUGUACAUAUUGUUGUAGCCUGGUUUUAAUAACAGAGUAUUCACUUGUAAAUCAUUAUCUAUAAAGAUGACCCUAUAAUGUAAGGCUGUUUUUAACCAAAAGGGUUUUGGGGGUUUUCUUUGUGGGCGUGUGUGUUAAAGUUGGAGGUAUCAGGUCUGAGCUUGCUUUCUUCUGCUGGAGGAUCAGAAUAGAGUGGGACAAAAGUAUGACUUUUCUGCUGAAACAGAAGGUUCUGUGUACGUCUCUGAGGAGCAAUUUGCCAUUUUGAAUUCAGCAGCUUACAUGAAAAUACGAGCAUUUGCACAGGGUGAGA